CACCUAAGCCAAGUGCAAGAGGUAGCUCCAGUUGUAGCACCAUGAGUCCACGUGCUCUUCUUAUUCUCUGCCUUAUCUUUCUGACUCUGAAUGGAACUCAAGGAAUACCUCUGUCUAGAACUAUACGUUGUUCCUGCAUCAAGAGCAGUGAUGGACCUGUUCCUCUAAGGUUGUUAGAAAAACUUGAAAUGAUUCCUGCAAGUCAAUCCUGUCCAGAUGUUGAGAUCAUUGUCACAAUGAAAAAGACCGGGGAGAAGAGAUGUCUGAAUCCACGUUCUAAGCAAGUCAAGAAUUUACUGAAUGCAUUUAGGAUGAAAAAGUCUCAGUGAUCUCACUGAUCACAAAGAGAAGCAUUAUGGCACCAGGAAGAAUGGACCUGAGAUGCCUCUGCGGUCAUUUCCCUAUACACAUAUAUGUCAUGCCCUAGCUUCUCUGGAAUGCAGUUCUCCUAAAAGGUGGCCAACCACAGUCAUCAAAUUAGCUUCUACUGCUCCUGCAAGGAGGUAGAUGGUUCAUUAUCCUGAGCUGUUCAGCAGUAACUGUCCUGACAUGAUAGCAUAAGCUAUGCUGAGGUGCUACAAUCUUUGUGAACAUACCAAGGCCUAGCCUUACUACUGGUACUUUUCUUGCUUCUCCUACUUCUAAAGGUUAUUUAGGGAUCUGCUACCACUAUGCUUAUCAGAGUUCUUAGAAUCUCAAGUAAUUCAAAGGUAUGCAACAGAAGCAAAAGCUUUUUAAAGAAAGGUCUUUACUCUAUGGGCUUCUACUGCCACACUCCCAAGGCGCCCACAUUUUCCCAGUGAUUUUAUAUACAUAAUUCCAAAUAUGUUUUGUAUGUAUGUAGAAAUUUUAGAAAAUGUGAAAUUAUUUUUAACAGAAAGUUUAUACAAAAUAGCAUUCUUAGGUUAUAUAUAUUUUUGUAAUGUUUUUAGUGUUUAGGAAGUAACCUGUGUAAGUACUACACAUGCUGACCCACAGGAGAAAUGUUUAAAUCUAGAUAUAACUCUGUAUGUUUUUUAUAAAACAAAUGCGUUCAAUGUUUUUAAUAAUGAAAAUAAUGUGCUCUGGAACAUCUUAAGACAGAAUAUUGAACUGCUGAGUGAACAAAAAAUUAAUAAAGUAA